UGAUUGACUUUCUUGUAUGCUUCCUCCUCUCUACAACCCAAUAUCUCUCCGUAUCCUCUUAUAUAUAGAAAGCCGUAAAUCGCAAUACGAUGUCUAACAACAGCUAUUACAAUCUGAAAUAUCUUCGGCGCUUUAAGCUUAAGCCCAUUGUAGUCGGUUAGUGUAAGAGAGAUGACUCCGGGAGAAAGACCCAGAAAGUCAGACGGGGUUUUCAGGUUUUUGUCGGUGGUGUUUUGUUUGGCUCUUCUUGAAACGACGGCGUAUGGAGGAAGAGUGGAGGCGGAGCACAAGAACGCGUACGCCUCGAUGAUGUAUAUGGGGACGCCGAGGGACUAUGAGUUCUACGUGGCUACACGUGUCAUGAUCAGAUCGCUGGCUAGACUCCACGUGGACGCGGAUCUCGUCGUCAUUGCCUCCGUCGACGUACCUCUCUCUUGGGUUCGAGCUCUGGAACAAGAAGAUGGAGCAAAGGUUGUGAGAGUGGAAAAUGUAAAUAAUCCGUACAGAAACCAGGCUAACUUUGACAGGAGAUUCAAGUUGACUCUCAACAAACUCUACGCAUGGAGUCUGGUGGAUUAUGACCGCGUUGUUAUGCUCGAUUCUGAUAAUCUCUUCCUCCAAAAAACUGAUGAACUGUUUCAAUGUGGGCAGUUCUGUGCAGCUUUUAUUAAUCCGUGUAUCUUCCAUACUGGCCUCUUUGUGUUACAGCCCUCAAUGGAUGUGUUCAAGGAUAUGCUUCAUCAGUUGGAAAUUGGGAAGGAAAAUCAAGAUGGUGCGGAUCAGGGUUUUAUCGGGGGCUACUUUCUGGACUUACUUGAUCAGCCUAUGUUCCAUCCACCUGCAAAUGGCACCAAGCUUGAUGGAACAUACAGACUUCCUUUGGGAUACCAAAUGGAUGCCUCUUAUUACUAUCUUAGACUCCGCUGGAGCGUACCUUGUGGACCGAAUAGUGUGAUUACUUUUCCGGGUGCACCUUGGUUGAAGCCGUGGUAUUGGUGGUCAUGGCCUGUUCUGCCUUUAGGCAUUUCAUGGCAUGAACAACGUCGUCAAACUCUCGGGUAUGCUGCAGAGAUGCCCAUGGUAGUUAUACAGUCUGUAAUUUACUUAGGAAUCAUAGCAUUAACACGUUUAGCGCGGCCUAAUCUCUCGAAGCUGUGCUACCGGCAGACAGACAAGAACAUCAGCUUAGUACAAGCUGGCGUCAGAGUCCUCGCAGUAUGGUCUAUUCUCGCUGCUUACAUAAUCCCCGUCGUUGUUAUUCCCUGCACACUUCAUCCAAUACUAGCAUGGUCGUUGUACUUUUUAGGUUCUUUCACUCUUUGCUCUAUAAUAGUCAAUGCCUUCCUCUUGCCAAUGCUACCCGUUUUGGUUCCAUGGCUCGGGAUACUGGGGGUGCUUUUUGUCAUGGCAUUUCCGUGGUACCAAAAUGGGAUUGUGAGAGCUCUAGCCGUGUUCGGUUACGCCUUCUGUUGCGCACCAUUUUUGUGGGUAUCAUUGGUAAAGAUCAAGGAUUGCCUUCAGGUUUCACUCGAAAGGGAAGCUUUCUACCCCAGAUUGGGUGAAUCUUCACCACCUUCUGGAUUCAACAAAUUGUACUAAGGCAUUGACCUACCCGUCCGUCCAUGGUUCGGUAACGGGCACGGGGACUAUACGUUCAUGAGGAUCUUGCAACUGGUCCUCUAUAGAUUUUGAGAAGAUGCAAUGUUUGGCUGGAGAGGAAAGGUGACUGGGGAGCUAGAUUUUGUACAGGUUUCCCUGUAAUUUGUACCAUUGAUUUACUUAGUUCUUUGUAGAAUUCAUUGAAUUAAGCUAAUGAGGGUGCCCCUAUUCAUUUUCGGAGACUAAACAGCCAUGUAAUGUAAUCUUAUAGGAUUGCUUCAUUGAAAUUGGUGGCACAACCAGGAGCUUAUUGUUCA